UGUUUUCUUCAAAGCAAAGCCAAAGAUUAGAUAAAAUUUUUAAACAAAAAAAGUUUUUUUUAAAAAAAAGGAAGAUAAAAAUCCCACCUUUAUAGCUUCAUGUGAUUCAGUUCCAACAGAGAAAGAGAGAGAGAGAGAGAGAGAGAGAGAGAGAGAAGCAAAGGAUGAAGAUGAAGAAAGAAGAGGAGAAGAAGAGAAUGGUUGGAGAAAUUGGGAGCAGAGGAAGCAAGGAAGAAGAAGAAGAAGGGAAAACAGUGGUGGUUGGGAUUAGAAUGGAUCAGCAGAGCAGGGAGUUGUUAACUUGGGCUCUUGUUAAAGUUGCUUCUCCUGGAGAUCGAGUGAUUGCUCUUCAUAUUCUUCCAUCCAGUUCCACAGAGUCUUCAGGCAUGGAUGGAAAGUCUUCUUCUUGUUUGAUUUCGUCUGUUAAGAAUUUUGAUUCUAUUCUCUCAGUUUAUGAUGGAUUCUGCAAUUUAAAGCAGAUCAAUCUAAAGCUGAAGGUUUGCAGGGGUUCAUCAAUUAGAAAGGUUUUGGUUCAAGAGGUUAAUUCUUAUUCUGCUUCUAAAUUGAUUCUUGGAGUAUCUAAGAAUAACAGCAUCAUUGGGCCUUCAUCAACUUCAGUAGCAAAAUACUGCGCAAAGAAGCUCUCGGCAAAGUGCUCAGUGCUUGCAGUGAACAAUGGCAAGGUUGUUUACCAGAGAGAAGCUUCUCAAGAAAAUCAUAAAGUAUCUAGCAUCCAAUUGAAUGCAAGUAGGAACUCCUGUAAGCUCCCGAAAGAUCGGACCGGGAAGUUAUACUGUGUCUUGCCUGAUAGAAGACAAUCCGGGAGGAUUAGUAAUGCUUCAAACUUGUCAAUUGUCGAACUGAAUGAUACCUCACAGACAGAGAAUUGUUCCUUAUGUAGUCCAUCUAAUCUUCUGGAGAUGAAAGAGGAAUCAUCGUUAGCUUUGGUUCCGAUUAAGGAGUCAUCGAACAACAUCUCUUUGUCUACCGACAAUGACUUGAUUGAUAUGAGACCUGGGUGGCCUCUUCUCCGGGGGGCGAUCAUGAAUGAUAUGAGAACUUCAAUGGAGAAAUCCAAAGGUUCUGUAGUUCAAUGGGCAAUGAUGCUUCCUAGUCGGUGUUCAGUAUCAGCUCCACCACCACAUUCCGAUUUCGACCACAUGAAAACCGAGCAGAAUGCUCUGCUAAUUUGUGAUGCAGAUACUAAUUCAUCAAGUUCCCCGGUUGAGACUCAUGAGGAAGAAGUGAAGUUCCUGGCAGAAUUGGAGUGUAUCCGAGAAAAAUAUUCAUCUGUUUAUCGGUUGUUCACUUAUAAUGAACUCAAGCAGGCAACUUCCGACCUUUCACCGGAGAAGUUGGCUGGGAGAGGCGGGAGCAGCCGGGUUUACAAGGGUUGCCUCUCUGAUGGCAGAGAAUUAGCAGUGAAGAUGUUAAAGCCUUCUGAAGAUGCACUGAAGGAGUUCACUUCCGAAAUUGAGAUUAUAACCUCUCUGCACCAUAAGAACAUUAUAUCCCUUUUUGGCUUUUGCUUUGAGAACAAUAAUCUCAUUUUGGUGUAUGAUUUCUUGUCAAGGGGAAGCCUAGAAGAAUGCCUUCACGGUGAGCAAGAGAGCAAGGUCGUUGUCAGCUGGGUCGAUCGAUUUAAGAUUGCAACAGCGAUAGCGGAAGCAUUAGAUUACUUGCAUGGUGAUUGCAACGGGCAACCUGUGAUUCACAGGGAUGUGAAAUCCUCAAACAUCCUUCUCGCCGAUGAUUUUGAGCCACAGCUGUCAGAUUUCGGUCUCGCAAAGUGGGCAUCAGAGUCAACCGAACCCAUAACAUGCAGCGAUGUCGCGGGGACAUUUGGGUACCUUGCUCCCGAGUAUUUCAUGCACGGAAAGGUCUCUGAAAAAAUAGACGUUUAUGCUUUCGGAGUUGUGCUUCUUGAGUUGCUCUCUGGUAGGAAGCCGAUCAUCACUGGCUCUUCGAAUAACCAGGAGAGCCUUGUCAUUUGGGCAAAGAAUAUCAUGCAAGAAGGAAAAAUUAAGCAACUUGUCGAUCCAUCGUUGGGCGAUGAGUAUGACGAUGAUCAGGUGGAGCGGACGAUCCUGGCAGCUUCCCUCUGCAUUAGACGGGCUUCUCGAUCUCGGCCUCGAAUCGGCCGUGUUCUCAAACUUCUUCAAGGCGAAGAUGAUGCUGUCAGUUGGGCGAGGACACAAGCCGGUACAUUAGAAGAGUUUGAUGAUUCAGACGACGAGGUGAUAAGUCCGCCUUCCAACUUGCAAUCAUAUAUCAAGCUUGCAUUGCUCGGCGUAGAGGAUGACUCGCAUUCGAUCAGCAGCAUUGAGGCAAAUACCUACUUCGAAGAUUACUUGCAAGGGAGAUGGAGCCGAUCAUCGAGUUUUGAUUGAAUUAAAUUUAAAGAGUGUUCCAUUGUGUUGAAAAGAUUAAUCUCUUGUUAUUCUUCAUCGUAUCGGUAUCGGUAUUGUGUGUAUAUAUACAUUAGGUGCUCAGGGAUGAGAGGUGGUUUGUAGAGCCCUUGUCCUUGUUCAUGUUCAGGUUCAGGUUUGUCUCAGAAAGAAUGAGACAAACACUAGAGAGUGUGAAAUUGAGAAAUGUUGGAUUUGGUUAUAUCAUUGUAAAUUCUAAUUAUUUAUUAAACAAAGAAAAUAAACAAAAAAAAAGGGAGAAUUUGAGGCUUGUUAAAUUGUAGUUUUUAGAG